AUGUGGCGCCUGAAGCCAAGCGAGAUCUUGCCCGACGAAAAUGCGAUUCGCGCCAUGAUCAAGCCUGAGGAGGUCAGUCUUCUGGAUGCCAUGCAGCUGGGAAUCAAGGAGCUCGAGGACGCCGGCUACGAUCCCCGAAAUGCCAACAUUGACGAUGACGUCAUGGACAUGGAUGCUGAAGAAGACGACGAGGAUGAGGGCGGAAGCAAGGCGCCCAAGGGCGCCAAGAAGCCUGGCGAAAAGCAGGAAGAGACACUUGCCGACAAGAUGGCACCUUGGAAAACUACAAAGGCCUUCAUCGACGCCUGUGCGCAAAAGGCCAUGCUCCAGCUGCACGGCGAGGGUGACCCGACUGGACACGGCCUCGGCUUCAGUUUCAUCCGAACGUCCAUGAAGGGAGGGUACAUUGAGGCUGUUCAGGGCCCGUUGGCCACGUCGGCCGACGCCAUGGAGCGUGAGAAGCGCGCUAACGGCGGCCACGCCUAUAACGUCAAGAAGCAACAAGCAAUGUACGAGGAGGGCAUCAAGGAGAUUUGGGAGAAGCAAAAGGCAACGCUGUCCGACGCCCGGGAGCACGACGACAAGGACGUGGCAGUCACGGAAGACGAGGAUGAUCGAUUCAACGUUCACGCCGCCGCGACGCCGGCGCAAUUCGACGACGGCACCAGCCAAAUUAGUGGCUUCACAUCGGCUAGUCGCCAUGUCAAGAAAGCCAUCCGCAUCACGAGAGAGGUCCGCCUGCAGGACGGGUCGACGCAGACGCGAACCGAGGUCGUCCACGAUCCCGUCGUCAUCUCGCAGUAUAUGAAGCGGCGAACCGAGGCAGACUUGGAACUUAAGGAGUAUGUACUCAAGACGAUGCGAUGCAGGCCCCGCGGGGAGGCCCCCCGGGUCUGGAAGCGGCUGCCGUCACGUGUCAGGGCGCUUCACAAGUGGGCGUGCCUGGGUCACACGCAUCUCGGCCCCAAGAGACGACAAGUGCCGUCUCCAGGCGCUGUUGCCGACUACGUUGGGUUGGAGUUACGAGCACCUGCUUACGUCUACCUCUCCACAGCAUCUACAGCUCCCGGCCUACGGGCAAUGCCGACCAUGACCGCCUUGCGGGCAUUAGCUCGAUGCAGAAUCAAAAAGGAACUCGAGAGACUCGAAAAGAACAAGGCCCGACGACAGGCCCGAGAGCAGCAAAAAGAGCUGCACCAAAAGGCCAGCGCUGGCGAGGCCGGAUCACCCGGCGCCAUUGACAAGCUGCCCACUGGAACAACCCGCAAGUGUGCCAACUGCGGGCAAGUUGGACACAUCAAGACAAAACCAGACCUAAUCGUCAAUUGA